AUGGGUGUUUGUUAAACUAAAGUUAAGUAAAAUCCAGCAGGCCCAAAAAAGAAAGGCAUUAGACAUGGCGAAAGAGUGAAGACCGAGUUUAGUGCAACAUAAGAAACAGGUUUCAAACAUCCAGGGCCUUUGUAAAUAAAUAGUCUCGAUGAAAUUAAUUCACCUAAAUCAGCUGGGUAUCUUUUGUCAAAAGGCCAAAAAACCAGGGUAGGGUUAAUAAAAUUAGCGGGAUUAAUCUCUAAUUCUCCAUAACUUGGUCAAAUUCCGAUCAUUGAAAUGAGUGCAUCUAAAAAAUAUUCAUUAAUCAAGAAACUUCAAAUGCAUGAUAUGAAACAAAUAUUGUCGAAUAAUAAGACUGGAAUAAUAGUGGAAAUGGAGAAUUUUUUAAAAGAGGAUGAAGAAACAUAAGAGUACAUAACUUGGCUUUCAAAAGUUUAAUUGGAGCAUCCUAAUCUCAAUCGGAUACUUGAAAUUUAUCAAGAUUAAAACUCUUAUUAAGUUAUUUAUGAAUUUUUUGAUGGGAAAUCAUUAACAGAUCUUGUAUCUGAAGAAAAUAAACUUCCCGUAAAAUAAAUAUCUUCAAUUAUGGCACAGAUAAUCUCAAUCAUUUCUUAUUUGCAUUCUCUAAAUCUAAUACACGGACAUUUGACUCUUGAUUCCUUUUAAUUUAAGAAAACGAAAAAUGAAAUUCUAAUCAAAUUAGUAGAUAUAAAAAAAGUUAUAAUUAAAGACCCCGAGCCUUUGGAUCUUUUAAAGUUCACACCUCUAGAAUACUUGAGUCAACCUCGUAAUUACGCUAUAGCCAGAGAUGUUUGGGCUAUAGGAAUAAUUUGUUACGCUCUUACAUAUGGGAUUUUCCCGUAUUAGUUCCCUCAACAAAUUGAUCACUCUUAAGCCUAAUUGUUAAUAAAGCGUACAACAAUUCAAUAUGAUGAUACCGAUUAGUUAUUAAUUAACUUUAUGAAGAAAAUUUUAGUGCACAACUCAAAAAGUAGAAUAACUCUGAGCCAAUUAAAAAAAGAUGAAUUCUUGGUAGAAAAUACUGUUUAAAAACUUGUUCCUCAAGAAAUAAUAUUGAUUAAUACAAAGAUUGCUAAGCCUUGUUGUGUUUUAUAAGAGAUGAUACUUUGUUAUUUUUUAUAAGAAUUCAACUGGGAAGAGUACCUUUAAAUAUAAAAAUUGUUUUCAGAAGGGGAUUAAGAUAUGGAUGGGUAUUUAAGUAAGUAGGAGUUAUCAAAUCUGUACAAGUAGUAUCUCAAUGAGCCUAAUUCCGACGAGUUGGCUGAAAAAAUCAUCUUAAACUAUGGCAUUGACAAGGAGAAUGGAUUCAAUUGUCAGUAAUUCCAAUCUCUGGCUGCUAGCAGAGAUUUAUUGCUUACCUAGAGCAAUAUAGAGAUAUGUUUCUAGAUUUUCUCAAAUGGUAAAAAGGCGAUCAAUCUCAGGGGUUUAAGAAGACAUUUAAAUUCUGAUUCAGAGGAAUUGAUUGAUGAAUUCAAUCGUAUAACUAAUGAAGAAAAGACUUUAACUCUGAAAUAAUUCCAAAAGCUAGUUCAAUUGCUUGUUUGA